UUUGGCUGUCACUACAUGCACGAUGGAAAGCUUAGCUGUUGGUCUUUAAAAGGUUAGCGGCACACAGACCCUUUUCGAGUUAAGUUGCCUAGCUUUGAGAACAUAUAGUAUGACAUACAUUACGUAAGUGACAAAGUGUUUCAUUUUGUCUGCAGCCAUUUGCGUAGGAGAUACAAACGAAGGAACGUGCUAGCUAGCGUUAGCUAAUCAAUCCAGGUCCUUAAGACGAAAAUGUUUUGUUAUUUACCAUCUGUAGGCUAGCUGUAUUAUUAAAUUCUGAUUUAAAAUGUUUCAUUGAUUAUUAGCAAGGGUCAACAUCGCGUAGAAUGGGACGGAUCUUAAACAAAACAGGGUGCAGCAACACUUGGCAAAAUGUAAUUUAACACAACAUUGCAAAACAAUUGUCGUGGACGACUUACAGAAUUUAAGUUGUGGGUGAGCCCUAGAAUAGAGUUGAGAUACAUCGUUACUAUAAAAAUACACUGUUCAGGCAGCAGAUGAAAUGAAACAGGUGCCGAAGCUAACUUACUCCCCUGAUCACUGGUUCCCGAUUUGGGACCCUCCACGGGGUCACACGAUACAUCUGAGGGGUCACAAGAAUUAAGAAAAGAAAGACACAGGCACAGAUGUUUUUAAAAAAUAAAACUGAUUGAUUAAAAAAUAUAUUUCCUUGUUAAACACUGAACCUUCCUCUCUUCAACCUAUAAAAAUUACACUAUUGGAAAAGAUACACUGAAGCAAUAACCUGUGAUGGGGGGGUCACAAGUUGACAUUGCUUCAUUUUAAGGGGUCAUUCCAGAAAUGGUUGGGAGCCACUGCCCUAGAUUCUGAAAAAUGAAUCAGUUCAGUAGAGACGACAGGACAUUUUGACAAUCUGCUGUAUUCAGUUGGAAAUGAUAUGUCAAACCUCUAUGAGCCAACAAAGUCAGUCACUAACUGAGUGUCAAACUCAAAGUGAUUCAUGAUAUCUUAAUUUUAAGGCCUGACAAUGUGAGUUCCAUUAGUAGUAUCUCACUUUGAAUAUACUGUCUGAAAGCAGUAUAGCACAAUAUAGUAUUUGUUUUAGGGUGGGUUUCUCCUUUAAUUGUAGCUGACUGUAUUUAAACAUAAUGACUGGUGUGUGUGUCCUGCCAUACUGUGUCGGACUGCAGAGCAACAUGGGUAACACAGAGAGUGUGGUCGUGCAGAAGCGGCUGGCCCGCUUCCGCCCUGAAGAGCGGCCUGUGGUUGAGGGGGUUUUCGAUAGGCUCCAGGGUGGUGCUGGGGGCCCUUCAGGAGCUCAGGGGAAAACACCAGCGGGGAAGACUCUAACGCUUGAGAUGCUGCAGGUGUGACUGUGAACACAUAUUGUCAAUUCUUCAAUGGGCAGCCUGGCCCCAGACUCCAUGGUGAGAAGGGUCUACCAGUGCAUGUGUCAAAUCGACCCUGGACCGGCAGCACCUGCAGUUUCUGGGAAGACCAGAACCUCUGCUGUCUCUGGGGUAGGUCGAGAGCAAUUGGUCAUCUUCCUAGCAGACACCCUGCGAGGCACUGCAGAAGAACGGGCUCCUCUCGCCAUGGCCAUGUCCCAGAAUGGAGUGGGAGAAUCAGCAGCGGUUGUCACAUGUGAACAGGUAGCUGAGUUCCUACAGGACCUGAUUUCUGCUGUGGUUCAGAUUCUUCUCAGCAGAGGGCGUCUGCAGGGCUGGAAACCAGAGAGAAUGGGUGAUUGCUCCCUGGGUGUGAAACUCCUGGCAGAGCAGAUGUGUUCUGAACUCAAACCCUCAGAUCAGGGAGGUUGUGAUGUUGCCUGUCUGGAGGACUGGAUCUUCAGGGUCUCCCAGGUAUCGUUGUACUUGGAGAUGCUGGUAGCUGAGGGCCUAAAUGUGUCCCUGAGUGGCCGGUGGGCCUCCACCCUGCUGCCCCCCUGCAGGGAGACUCCCUGGAAAGAGCUGAGGUGUCUACUGGACCUUCCCACCCUCAUGUUUCUGACACCACAGUUGCCAGACAGCUACAGUGCCCCCUGGAGACUUGUGUUUUCCACACGGCUGCAUGGGGAGAGCUUCACCAGGAUGGUGGCCGGCCUGACCAAGCGUGGGCCCACCCUGCUACUCAUUAAAGACACAAAGGGACAUGUGUUUGGGGGCUUUGCCUCCCACGCCUGGGAGGUCAAACCUCAGUUCCAGGGUGACUCCAGAUGCUUCCUGUUCACUGUGUUCCCCAGACUGAGAGUUUAUACAGCAACAGGAUACAACCAACAUUUCAUGUACCUCAACCAGAACCAGCAGACCAUGCCCAACGGACUGGGUAUGGGCGGUCAGCAUGGCUACUUUGGCCUAUGGCUGGACAGUGAUUUUGGCCGUGGUCAUAGCCGCGCACGGCCCAAGUGCACCACCUACGGCAGCCCUCAACUCUCUGGAGAGGAGGACUUCACCCUGGACUCAAUGGAAGUGUGGGCGGUCGGAAAACCCCCAGAACCGGAGGGCGAGGAGGGAGAGGCCAAGAAAAGUAUCCUGGAUGUGGAUCCGGAAAUCCAGGCCAUGAUGGAGAUUGCAGGGAAGACUAUGCACAGUCAAGGCCUCAGGGAACCGGAGGAGGACCAGGAGCAGUGAGGGGCAACUGGGCGAUAGACAAAAACAAUCUCACCACCUGGCACUGACACAAGUCUUUACAAGACUUUAAGACUUGUCUUCAAUAUGUUAAAGACAGCGUUAACUGUGGAAGAUGUUAUCAAAACAUAAACCAAGUAACAAAGCUUAACUAGGUCAAAAGGCAGCUGAUAUGUAAAAUCUGAUCUUACCCUUUCACACACAACUGAUGGCCGAUAGUGUGCUUCAAGCCAGCUUUCAUCUUCGGUUUGAAGGGGACUGUCGUGGAAAUUAUAUUCCAAUUUGUCAUGGCUGUGUUGUUUUUUCUACCAAGAUACACUGGUAUUUCAAUGAAUAUUUUAGAAAUAUCACAAGAGAGAGAAGAGGCAGCAGAAUUAGUGUCUUCACCAGAAGUAGCCUCAGUCAGCCAGAAUGCAUCGAUAUAUCUAGCACUACCUGAAGUAUUAGGUUGAAGAAAGGGAGCACAACAAAACAAUAAGUUACACCAUUAAUAAUUGUGUAUAGUAAAAUAUGUAAAAAAAAUGCUUGCUAUUUUCCUGAAGGUCUGGGUUUGAAGUAGAUCGUCAACCCAUUUUAAUAAAAGUAUAAGUGAAUUGUUGUGUGACAGAUUAUUUAUUACAGGAUUAAAAAAGCUGUAAAUUUAGGAGACAUUAUCUGACACGAGCCUGUUAGUCAGUCUCUCUCUAGAUGGUUCUUCUUCUGAGCCAUUCUAUUUAUGUGUGAACAUGUCAAGAUCCUUCAUAAGUGGUUUAACUAUCUGAGACGUUUCGAAUGCAAGAAGAUAUAUUGACUGUUGAAGUACCAUGGAUUCUAAAUACUUCAUCCCUUCUCAAACUGAACGCUAUGGAUACGCUUCAGAAGUACAAGAGAAGCUUCUUCUGGCUGCUCAUUUAUCCAGACUUGAUGCGCCUCAGGAUUUCUUUUAAUUUUGUUUUAUUUCUUUUUCGAUCGGCGUCAGUGGCUUGUCCACCCACAUCAUGACGCAGACAUUCGAUGUCAAAUGUUUUAUGAUAAUAGACCUGGAUCGUCCAUGCAGAUGUGAUACUGUGCAUUAUGUUGUUUUUUUUAUUUUUAAGUCCAUGAUUUUUGAAAAUACUGUAAAACAUCAGGCGAAGUGGCAUUGGUAGGUGUUAAUUUCAUUAAACUCCAGUAGAAGAGCAGUGUUGAGCUUCAAAGUGACUUAAAGCAAGAUGCACCUGUAGCACCAGGUGUAGCACGACAACAACUAAUGAAUUAACAGACAUGCCGUUGUAUGGUCAUUUUGUAAUGUUGUACAUUUAGAAACAUGCCUCUUACUAUAAUUUCAUAGAAUAUAGUGUUUGAAGUUGAUGUAGGAGAUUCUGUGUGUGUGUGUGUGUGUGUGUGUGUGUAGUGAAUACAUUAUUGUAUUAAAGUAAGAGGGCGCCUGGAGGUUGCACCUACUUUUACUUGUGUGUCUUCAUUUGAUUAUCUCUGACUUUGUAAACUGCUGUCGUAAAUAUAAAUGUCAAAAUCUGCACUUUGACAUCUUGAGUGUACCAAUAUAAACACCUCCUCAGAGAUUGAAA